UAUACACAUUAUGCACGUCAGAAUUAUAAGAUUUACCUUUUACUGAAAAGAGGGUUUGUCUAAGAUGAUAAUGGCAAACCAUUUGGCCUAUUUUUUAUGGUCAUAAAUUAUUCGCUUCGUUUUGGGACGGAAUGACGUUUAUGCAUAUUAAGGCCCAAACCUUGAUGUGCAACACUAACUAGCGUGUAUAAUUAAAGAUCAGUCACACAAAAAAGGAAUUAAUAAACAUCCCCGAGCAAUCAAAAUUUAAAUGACUGUCCGUGAUUUAAAUGAUAUACAGCGUUGGAGCUGGAUCUUUUCUGUCAAGUUCCCCGAGGUUUUUUCUUUGGCUUUUAAUCCCUGCUCGCUUCUUUACCCUCCUGUUGGGGGUGGUCCCACUGGCCAGUAUUCCGCGGGUCUUGUUUACACAGAACUGUUAUCACUCGUAUAUGGGACGUGAAGAGGAUAUAAUUUGAACUGAAUGAUAUUUAUUUUCGGUGCUUGGAGUAUGCGAUAUCUAAGGAUUAGUUGUUAGUGUGGUAGAGUUUUGAAUGCGAUGUGUGCCCCCUCACUCUCUCGGGUCCUUCAGUUUCUCUGUGCUUCGGAUUCUAGAAAUACCCCCAUCCCUUUGUAUCAGGACCGGAAGCGAUGGGACUCGGAAGAUACCCUUUACUUGUUGCACACAUCAAUGUCCAGUCGGAGCUCCUUGGCAGUCACCAGCAGUAUGGAGACAUUAUUUCAGCAAUCUCUACACGAAGGCAAUGUGAACCAGUACUACACACCCGAGGAUAAUCCGGAGGCCAUGUUCGACAUGUUGACGAUACAGACAAUCAGAGACCGCUAUCAAGACAUCGAGGAAGAGGAUACGACCUCAGACAUAACUACGAUGAAUGGACAAGACUUCGAUAACUUUGUACGGGAAUUUACUAUCGAUGAUAGUAUCUCGGAGUGUUUUGCCUCUGCUGAUCUUCCGGAGCAGACGAUAGAGGAGAUCACGGAAUCAGUCGACCCAUCCGAAACAAAUUCCCAAGGUCGUCAGAGCAAAUUGAAAAAGAAACAUAGAACAAUUCAAGAGGAGUCUGUUCUCAGUGACGAAGACUCGAAAUCCAGUGAUUCUAAGCGAUCUAAACUUACGAGCAUUUCAAAUUUAUUUGGAAAGAAGCACAAGAAUAAGGAAGGUUACAAAGUGUUGAAACAGAGCGUACCCCAGGAGAAAGGUAAACAUAUCACGGAUUCUAUCAUUGACGCUUGUGAAAAUAUUACUAAAUCUUAUGAGCAGAAUGUUUCUCAAAAUACCAGUUCAGCAUCGACAUCAAAAGGAUGUAAACACAAAAGCAAGAAAACUAGUGAAAGUGAUUUUGACAAUAUCGAGAACCAACACUCUGGUAGCGAUUUACAAAAUGCUCUCAACUUACGAAAACUUCCACCUGUUCCUAAAGUUAAGAAUGGAAAUGCCCGCGAUGAUAUUUGGAAUGGAAAACAGAGACACGAAAAACCGGAGAUGACAUCAAAUGGAAGCUUGCUUCGCUCAAGCGAUGUCAAGGCAUUGCUUUCUUUAAAUGAUCAACAACUUAUCGAGAAACUGGGAGUGAUAUCAAGUGAUGGUUCACAAACAAUUCUAAGGAAAACGGUUUCAACUCGAGAUGUUACUGGUAUGACUCUUCUACAACUUUGUGUACUAAAUGAUCGAACGAAUGUCGUGGACUUCAUUCUAGAAGCAGACCCCACUCUACUUGAUGCUAACAUCAUGGUUUUUGCCGUCAAGCAUGGCAAGACAGAAUGUGUACGUGAUCUACUUGAAAGGAGAAGUAUGGAUGGAACUCUGAACCCGGAACUUAUUGGAGAACUACUGGCUCUCUGCUCCAAGAAUGGCCAGGCUGAUGUUUUGGAGACCGUUAUUCCGUACCUUGAGACAGAUCCACCUUCCUGUCUACCUUGUGACCAAUACGGAAAUACAGCAGCCCACCUGGCGGCCCAGGAGGGACACCUUCAUUGCUUACAGAUUCUUCUAGAUAAUGGAUUCGAUGUUUGGACAAUUAAUGAUCAGAAUGAAAGUGCACUUGGACUAGCGCUGAAAAACGGGCACCUGUCUGUUUAUAAACAUCUCCUGUUGUACCAGACGUGCCAGUGUCUACUGACAGAGGCGACUAAACAUAAAAUCGCUAAUUUGAGGUUCAGUGCACAAAGAACGGCAAACCAUGGAACUCUAGACCAGCUAGAACAACAACUGGCAAAGUAUCAGAUACAAUUUAAUGAGGUUAUGCGCAAUAUGAUUGAUGCACAAGAGACGAUUUUACAGACAGUAGACAACUUAUACAAGGACAUGAAACGUUUGAUACAGAAAGUGGAUGAUCCAAACGGUUCUGAAAAGCUCAAAUUAAAAUUAGAGAAACUGAAAGCAGAGGCCGAUCAGCUUCAGGAUCUGUUUGACUUUUCACCUCUGGCGAACACUAAUGAUGUAUUGACAAAAGUCUUGUUGGAGUUCAGGAAAGUUGUCCUCAGAACUGAGGAGGAGGACACGAUAUCCAGCUCCUCUGUCAACAUGCCACCAGACACAAAGGAACUCCUCAGCUCGGUACUUCGAAAUUCUGCUACAAUAUGUGGUCAAAAUAGUCAGGUGAAUAUUGAGCAGAUUCUUAACUCUCAGGUGCAAAAUUUAUUACAAAUGUUAUCGGAUAGUAACCGACCAGUAUCAAAAAGUACCAGCACAGCAUCCUCACGAUCUGGUAACCAUAGAUACCAAUUCACUCAGCCUGUUUACCAAAAUCCUAAACUGGAACUAUUACUUAAAAACAGCAAGGAAAAAAAUGAACACAAAGAAGAACCAAAUCAUAACAUUAAUUCAGGUUCUAGCAUAAUACCUGUAAAUGGAAAUUCAGUGCAUCAAUCCCCUUAUCCUCCCGGAGGAAAUGUUAACGAAGAGCUGGAUCUACCUGUACUUGACAGCCCUAGUGUAACCGAUUCUGUUUGCUCUACUGUUGUGACCUCAGGAAUAAUGGGAACCGAAAAAACUGACUGGACCUCUAGACUUGGCACUAUUACUUGUGAUACCAGUGACACAGAAUCUGAUUGGUGGGAUGCGUCACGUGACAAGUCUCGGAGUGGAUACACUGAGUCACGUGAUGAUGAUGAGGAGGAAGAUGACGAUAUAGAUUUUGUCACUAGCAUUCGUUUAAAUUUAGAAAAUGAGGACUUAUCUGAUGAUAUGUUACGGGAACAUCGACUUGCUAAGCAUUUACAAUCAAUUGAAAAGUUAAAACACAGUAAAGGGGAAUUCGUUGAAAGAGUUAUUUCAGCCAGUGGGCAAAGAGUCGGUAGAUGGUUAGACUCGUCCUGUAUGGAUCAAGUAAAAAAGGGAAAUCCCGAUAAUGGUAAAAGUUCCAAGAAAAGCAAGAAACAAGGCAUACAGCUAUUUAAUCCUGAACCACAGCAUGAAGUGGAUUCUCUUCCGCCUACUACUGAUAACAGGAGAAGGAGAUGGGAUGAAAUGUCAAUCACGGAUGGAGAAGAUAGUAAAGGAAACCCGCGACCUUGGUAUGAAAUGUCAGAUGACGAAGAGAGUGUGGUCCAAGUAUGGAAGUCAGAUGAUGAAGAUAACCAGUCACCGGUUUACAGGAUUUAAAACAAUAGCCAGUCACCGGUUUACAGGAUAUCAAACAAAAGCCAGUCACCGGUUUACAGGAUAAUAAACACUAGCAAGUCACCGGUUUACAGGAUUUAAAACGUCAUCUAAAAGAUAGAGGAUGAAAUCUUAGUCAUAAUGUUACACAUGAAUAACACAGUUACUGAGAUACAGAUUCAUGUUUUAAAAAUCAAACAUGAUAGAAAAAAAAAAUAAAAUCUAAAGGAUAUUAAAUAAUCAUAACUCUCCAUGUUCUAAAACAUUUCCAAUAAAAGUAUAAAAUGUAUUAAAUUUUUAAUUUUGAUAAAGAAUUGUUUCAAGUGCCAUAUUCAAGAUGCUAAAUACAGAUGAAAACUGCAUGUUGUAUAAUGAACUUUUAAACAAAACCUACUAGUAUUAUGUUGAAAUGUGA